AUGGCAGAUGGUCGCCUUGCUCGCGUGGUCUCGCGACUUCAAAAUCUCCCCUCGAUCUCGCUGCCGACCGACUAUCCUAGGCCAUUGGGCGCGAGGCUUGUUGAGGCAGCGCACCAUGCUCGACUUUCGGAGCAGACGUCUCUAAGUCUCCUGAAACUUGCCCUCUACACGGAGAGCGAGUCGGACGAUGAAGACGACUCGGCUGCUAAGGUCAAGCGACCCUCUGCGUUCCACCUUUUGCUGGCGGCCUUUACCGUUUUGCUGCAUCGCUACACCGGAGAUACGGAUAUCGUGAUCGGUUCGUCGUCUGCAUCUGCCCGUGAUCCUUUGGUGCUUCGCCUUUCAAUUGAUCCCACAGACCCGUACUGGGCAGUGGUGAGGCGGGUACAGCAGGUCGAGACAGAGGCCGAAUCAGAUGCACUGCCGUUCGAGGACAUUGUUCACGCUCUACGCAAGAACAAGGACGAUUCUGGUCACGAGGACCCUCUGUUUCGCGUCCGCUUUUUCGACGAGACCGAUCAACCCAAGGAGGACUUCAUUCAUUCCACCAGUGUCACCUCUGACCUGACGGUGUUCAUUACACGGCCGCCUGUCUCUACCCGAGGCUCUCUGGCUCCUGAGAUUUCUCUCCGAAUACUAUACAACUCGCUGCUGUUCACUGCACCGCGUAUAUCGCUCAUGCUAGAUCAGCUGUCCAUCCUUUUGCGCAAGACCGCUGCAAAUCCUUUAGCCCCUGUCGGCUCAGUUCCCCUUCUCACUCCUUCUCAAUCAGCGAAAUUGCCAGUGCCAACGGCCGAUUUGGACUGGUGUGGCUGGAAAGGUGCCAUCACUGAUGUCUUCUCUCGCAACGCACGAGAACACCCGGACCGCCCUUGCGUUAUCCAGUGUCUGCCAGUCGUGUCUCUCGAUGAGCCACAAGAACGCGUAACAUUUUCCUAUGGGUCAAUACGAAACGCCUCUAAUAUUCUUGCCCAUUAUCUUCUGAAAGGAGGUAUUCAAAGGGAAGAGGUUGUCAUGGUCUAUGCCCACCGUAGUGUUGAUCUCGUCGUCGCGGUCAUGGCUAUCCUCAAGGCUGGUGCCACUUUCUCCGUCAUUGACCCCGCAUAUCCUUCUUCGAGACAAACGAUCUACCUUAGUGUAGCAAAACCGCGAGGGCUCGUCAUCCUCAAAGGCGCGGGCAUCCUCAACCCUACUGUUCGCGAGUUCAUCUCCACAGAACUGGAGAUUCGCGUACAAGUUCCCGCGUUAGAGGUCUUCCCAGAUGGGACAAUACUAGGCGGCGAGGUCGAUGGCGUAGACGUCCUGAAAGCGGAGGCCCACCUUGGAGACACCGAUCCUAAUGUUGCCCUCGGCCCAGACAGUAUCGGGACCUUGUCGUUUACCAGCGGUAGCACAGGUAUCCCGAAGGGCGUCAAAGGUCGACAUUUCAGUCUAACCCACUUUUUCCCUUGGAUGGGAGAACGGUUCGGACUCUCAGCGUCUUCGAAGUUUACGAUGCUUAGUGGCAUCGCCCAUGACCCCAUCCAGCGUGACAUGUUCACACCUUUGUUCUUCGGUGCUGAAUUACACGUCCCCACUGCAGAUGAUAUAGGCACGCCUGGUCGACUGGCCGAGUGGAUGGCCGAUAGUAAGGUUACCGUGACUCAUCUCACUCCGGCUAUGGGCCAGCUCCUUUCUGCUCAAGCAACCCGCCAAAUUACUUCCUUGAAAAACGCGUUUUUCGUUGGUGACGUUCUAACCAAGCGCGACUGCCUUCGCCUUCAAGCCCUUGCCGCGAAUGUCCGCAUCAUCAACAUGUACGGGACUACAGAGACCCAACGCGCUGUGUCCUAUUUCGCUAUCCCCCCUGUCAGUGAAGAUCCCACUUUCCUGCAAACACAAAAAGACAUCAUGCCAGCAGGCGAGGGCAUGAUAGACGUGCAACUCCUGGUCGUGAACCGGAAUGACAAGACGAUCCCUUGCGCCGUCGGAGAGGUUGGCGAGAUUUACGUUCGAUCCGGCGGUUUGGCGGAAGGCUACCUCGACGCUGAUUCUACGGCAGUCAAGUUCGUGAACAACUGGUUCUCCGCGCCUGAUUCACCUCCAAGAAAGGAUACCAUACUCCACCCAGCACAGGGUCUCCCUGGCCCGGAAGCGAGAUGCUGGAAGGGCAUCCGCGAUAGGAUGUAUCGCUCGGGCGAUCUGGGACGCUAUCUACCCGAUGGUACUGUAGAAUGCACCGGACGAGCUGAUGAUCAGGUGAAGAUUCGUGGAUUCCGUAUCGAGCUCGGAGAAAUCGACACCCAUCUCAGCUUGCAUCCCCUCAUCCGAGAGAACGUAACUUUGGUCCGCAGAGAUAAGGACGAGGAAAAGAUCCUCGUUAGCUAUUUCGUGCCGUUGGAUGGGCCAGGGUUGGAUGAAUUCGCCAGUGAUGUUCCGGAGGCUAGCGACAGCGCGCAGGACAAAGCAAGGGACCUUACUAAGGGCAUGAAGAAGUAUAGGCGACUGAUCAAGGAUAUUAGGGAGCACUUGAAAAAGAAAUUACCCUCGUACAGUGUGCCUUCGCUUUUCGUUCCACUGCAGAGAAUGCCUUUGAACCCCAAUGGAAAGAUCGACAAGCCUGCCCUCCCUUUCCCAGAUACUGCACAACUAGUAUCUGUUGGUCCAUCUACCACGGGUCGGGCGGCCAAUCCAACUGAGGAAAAGAUGCGUUCCAUUUGGUCCAAUAUCUUGCCCAACCCUCCAUCUCCAAUACCUUUGGACGAGAGCUUCUUCGAUCUCGGUGGUCAUUCAAUUCUCGCCACCCGUCUGGUCUUCGAGAUUCGCAAGGCUUUCGUAGUCAAUGCCCCGCUGGGCCUGAUUUUCGAUCAACCGACAGUCGCCGGCCUUGUGAAAGCUGUCGAUGCAUUAAGAAACGCUGAUCUCGGGUUGGCCUACAAGGAUACGACCCCACCUUCAUCCACAGGCCUCCUCGCAGUUCCAGGAGCACCAGCUGCACAAAAGGAGUCGACCUCCGUUGCGUAUGGAGAAGACUAUGUCAAGUUACUCAGUCAGCUUCGCGAAUCAUACCCGCCGCUAUCAUCUAGCUUUGCCACAGAUCCUGUCACAGUAUUCCUAACCGGUGCGACUGGCUUCUUAGGGGCAUUCGUCCUCCGUGAACUAUUGGCAAGACAGGACAGAGUGAAGAAAGUCAUUUGCCAUGUCCGUGGGGCUACGGUUGAGAAGGGUUUGGCGCGUUUGAAGGAGGGAUCCACUGAUCGCGAAGCAUGGGAUGACGCUUGGGUUAGUUCAGGGAGGUUGGAAGUGGUGACCGGGGAUCUUGGCCAAGAACUCUUCGGAUUAGGUGCUGAGACUUGGAAUCGUGUUGCUGAGGAGGCUGACGUUGUGCUCCACAAUGGCGCCCUGGUGCAUUGGGUAUAUCCCUAUGAACGCCUGCGGUCGGCCAAUGUCUUAUCAACUCUGGCCGUCCUGGAGUUGGCCGCCACUAAAAAGCCUAAGCAAGUUGUGUUUGUCUCUUCGACAUCAGCUCUGGACACAGAACAUUAUGUGCGAUUGUCGGAUUCGCUUGUUGGUCGGUCCGACUACAAGGGCGUUCCGGAAUCCGACGACUUGGAAGGCGCAAGGUUGACUCUGAAGACAGGCUAUGGUCAAACCAAAUGGGUGUCGGAACGCUUGUUGUUUGAAGCAGGUCGAAGGGGCCUCAGUGGACACAUUGUCCGGCCGGGAUACGUCGUUGGCGACUCUAAGAGCGCCGUCACAAAUACUGACGACUUCAUCUGGCGCAUGGUCAAAGGUUGUGUCCAGCUGGGCCUCGUCCCGGACAUCAAUAACACGGUUAACAUGGUUCCCGUGGACCAUGUCGCUCUGUGCACUGCAUUAGCGGCCAUUUCACCCAUAUCCGAUGCUCACCAGACCGUGUUGCACAUCACCGCACGACCUACGCCUACGUUCAACGACAUGUUGUCGUCGCUUCGGCAAUACGGCUUCCCUACCGAGCAAUGCGAAUACAUCGUCUGGCGAAGGAAGCUAGAACAGCACGUCAUGGAAGUGCAGGAUAAUGCGCUUUUCCCUUUGCUUCAUUUCGUCCUUGAUGAUCUCCCAACAAGUACAAAGGCACCAGAGCUAGACGAUUCGAACACAACAGCCUUGCUUCAGGCACAUACACCCAAUACUAACAUGACAGUAUCGGACGAGUUGAUGGGCAAGUAUCUUGCGUGGUUGGUCGCCGCCGGAUUCCUUCCCCAGCCAACCCUUCCCAAUCCAGAAAAGCCAUUGCCCUCGUUGAGUAACGCAGGUAGCGUCAAGGCAGCUGGUAGAAGUGGAAACUAA